CCAUUGUCUACCACCACCACCACUCCUCACACCUCUUUUUCAGUGUGAGAGAAUCAUAUCUAACCCUUCCAACUUUUUGUGUUAAUUUUCAUCUAGUCAUCCUUUGAAUUUACAUGAUCCAAUCUUCUCUUUGUUGCAAGGGAAUCUAAUACUUGUUGACCGUGAACAAGUCUAUUUUCUUUGAUUGCAAUUUGGGAUUCUUAAAGGCACAUUAAGCCACAUAGUGGAGUAUAUUCGUAUAACUAUUGUAAAGUAAAUCUAUGUAUCAAACUAUCAUCAUUUGUUAUGCGCAUCAUCCAAUAUUUUCUCCACCAAAGGAAUAAUACAAGCCAAUGACCUAUAAUUAGCUAGACUAAUAAAAAGACAAAUAACUAGUCAUUCACUACUUUAUUGCUUGCUUUAUCAAAUUCAUUUUUUCACCUAUUUGUUUUCUAUGAAAUGCUAGUGGCUUCCUUCCUAUCCUCUAUCUCUCUUCUUUUUCCCUCUCUAAAUUAGCCACAAAAUGUUAGUAGUAGCAAAUUACUAACCAAUCUAAUUAUGAGAAGGGGAAAUGGAGAGGGAUCACCAAACACCUAAUCAAAACCCACCACCAUCUCUCCUCUCGCCUAAUCAAAACCCUAACGCUUCCUCACCGCGAAAUGUUAGCGAUCGGCUGAAGAGAGACGAGUGGAGCGAAGGCGCGGUGUCGAGCCUGCUCGAGGCGUACGAGGCCAAGUGGACGCUCCGGAACCGGGCCAAGCUCAAGGGCCAGGACUGGGAGGACGUGGCCAGGCACGUCUCAGCUCGCGCCGGCGCCUCAAAAUCGGCGAAGACGCUCACGCAGUGUAAGAAUAAGAUCGAGUCCAUGAAGAAGCGGUACCGAUCGGAGUCCGCCGCGGCGGCUGACGCCUCGUCGUGGCCGCUCUAUUCUCGCCUCGAUCUCCUCCUCCGCGGAAAUAACGGAGCUGCUGCCGAUCCUGCUCCUCCUGCUGCUGAAUUUCCAUCUGCUCAAAAUUCAAACGGCGGCGAUCGGGAUCGGGAUCGGGUGGGUAAGGAGGAGGAAGGAUUGGGAGAGGGAGGCAACAAUGAGGAAUCGGAGAAGAAGGCGAUAGAUGAGAGAGACAGGAGCACAGCGGCGAUUGGUGAGGGGAAAUUGAAGAGGAAGGAGAAAUGGAGGAAGCGGGAGAGGGAGGAGAGCUGGGAGAUAGGGGAGAGUAUACGGUGGGUGGCGGAGGUGGUGGUGCGGGCGGAGGAGUCGAGGAUGGAGACGAUGAGGGAGAUAGAGAGGAUGAGGGCGGAAGCAGAGGCAAAGAGAGGGGAAUUGGAGGUUAAACGGACUGAGAUCAUUGCUAGUACUCAGCUACAGAUUGCUAAGCUUUUUGCUAGAGGAUCAACAACAUCCAUCCAAUAAUAAACCGAUUUCAUCAAUUAAUAUAAUCCUAAUAUGUAUACUUGGAUGUGAUUGCGAUGUAUGAGUAUUUAAGAAGAGAUUUUUAUGGGAUCAAUUACUUCAAAUCAGAAGUAGUAAUAUGAUUUUCACCUCUCUAAGAAGUAGUAGUUACAUUUGACUCGAAAUUAUCAAAUGAACUUAUUAACAUUACCUUGUAA